CUCACGAGCCGCGCUGUUACCUGGAGCGCCGCGCGAGCGCCCCCAUGCUGCGGCACGCGCUGACAGCGGACACUUUCCCAGAUGAAACCAGCGCGAGUUUUUUUGUUUCCACGGACUUGGGUUUGUCGCGGCCAGGAGUCUGAUUGUGUUUGACAGCCCCACACACCUGGAGGCGACGAAAUAAGGCGCCGACAUGAGCAGGAAAACACGGAGGUGGCUGUUACAUUUCUUCCUGUGCCUCGGAAUAGUCUUCGUGAAAAUCGGGGGUCUGUCUUCAGUGGUCGCCCUGGGAGCGAGCAUCAUUUGCAAUAAAAUCCCGGGUUUGGCCCCUCGUCAGAGGACAAUCUGCCAGAGCCGGCCUGAUGCCAUCAUCGUGAUCGGAGAGGGAGUUCAGAUGGGAAUCAAUGAGUGCCAGUUUCAGUUCCGACACGGGCGCUGGAACUGUUCGGCCCUAGGCGAGAGAACAGUUUUUGGAAAAGAGCUGAAAGUGGGCAGUAAGGAGGCUGCAUUCACCUACGCCAUCAUUGCUGCUGGCGUUGCCCAUGCAGUGACCGCUGCCUGCACCCAGGGCAGCCUGAGUGGCUGCGGUUGUGACAAGGAAAAGCAGGGAUUCUACAACCAGGACAAGGGCUGGAAGUGGGGCGGCUGUUCUGCAGACAUCCACUAUGGCCUGGGGUUUUCCAAGGUGUUUGUGGAUGCACGGGAGAUCAAGCAGAAUGCCAGGACGCUUAUGAACUUGCAUAACAAUGAAGUGGGACGUAAGAUGUUGGAAAGGAACGUACGUCUGGAGUGCAAAUGUCAUGGUGUUUCUGGCUCCUGCACCACAAAGACGUGUUGGACAACGCUCCCAAAGUUCCGUCAGCUGGGAUACAUCCUCAAGGACAAGUACAAUCAGGCUGUGCAUGUGGAGCCGGUCCGAGCCAGCCGCAACAAGCGCCCAGCUUUCCUGAAGAUCAAGAAACCUCACUCCUAUCGUAAACCCACGGACACUGAGCUCGUCUACAUUGAGAGGUCGCCCAACUACUGCGAAGCCGACCCUCUGACGGGCAGCAUGGGAACGCAGGGUCGCCUGUGCAACCGGACGGCUCAGCAGCCCAACAGCUGUGAUCUGAUGUGCUGCGGGCGAGGAUAUAACACGCACCAGUACUCUCGCGUUUGGCAGUGCAACUGUAAGUUCCUGUGGUGUUGCUACGUCAGAUGCAACACGUGCAGCGAGAGGACAGAGGUGUAUACCUGUAAAUAGAAAUAUUUAUUGGAUCUGUGCACAAAAUAUGUGCAUACGUGCGCAGAUUGUUUCUAUAUUUCAGAAUAAGGGUUCUGUAAUACACAGUUUUGUGGAGAGACGCCAUCACUGUGAUAUUUGAGCUCAUUGAUGUCGACAACCGCUUCCUGCUCCUCGUCUUGAUGCCAAUGGACAUCUGCAGCCACACUGGACGUCACUAAACCGCUGAUGAGCUUUUCAAGAGUUGACUGCCUUUUCCUGCCCCCAGCUUCUUUUGGCCGUAGCGCCUCACCUCAAGCAGUUUUUUUUUAAGACUACUAAUUUAUUUAAUGGCAAAACUACUGAUUGUUUUUAAGAAUUCAGUGUUGAGUAAAUGCAGUAAUGUAUUCAGAUGAUGUAAAUGUCUUGGAUUGUAUUUUGGA